GCGAAAGUGAAAACAGUUCCUACGCCCUGCAAUCCCGAGUGGUUGAAGGAUUUCGUGUCUUUCAAUGGGGGAAUCUCCAGACAGUUGUCACCGUUAUGCACUGAUGAAUAAACUCGUGCUCGAAACGAGACGUAGGUACUCGGAAACGAGGCGACAACACUUGCAGUUUGGGCGCACCAGAAGUCACCGAACUGGUAGAAAGGGACGUUUUGCUGAGCCGAAGGAAAAGGUAUUUGAUUUUUCCGCCGGGCACGAAUAUGGCAAUUUCAAUGGCGGGAGUGAAGGCUCUAAUCAGGCCGCAGCCGACGGGCAUUAACGUGCUGGGCGAAAUGGACUGUCCGUUCGCCUUGCCCACGGACACGAGGAUAUUCAGGAAGUCUUCUUACAUCAAGAAGAACAGAAGGGAAAUUUACGAGACCCUCGACAAAGCACUGACGGUGAUUGGAUUAAACGGUACAGCUUGCGUUAGGAAGAUGAUUUGCGAUGCGAAGGAGUAUGUCCCUAUGAAAGGAAAAUCGAUGAUAAGGGACAUAUUGUUGGUAGUUUUCAAUUUUCCCGAAGAUGAAUUCCACAAUGAAAAAAUCAAGUGCACCGAAGAAUUGAGCACCAGUUGCUCGAUAUCUCUGAUGAAACACGUCCUUCAAGAAAUUAAUUCCGAUUACUAUUAA